UUUCAACUUUUCAACUUUAGUAUUGUAUUGUUCCCAUCACAACAUUCACAUGCCAUUCCCAUUGCACAUCACAGAAAAAUCCAAAAUCUUAGGAUAAUUAAGCCAAUCACAAUUCAUUAUUCCAACCCAACGGCUAUAUUUUCUUCCCUCUCUCAUUCAUUAUUCAACCAUUAUUCAUUAUCUCGUAACGGUCCUCAGCACAGAACAUAUAUAGUGUUGUUAAUAUUACCUUACAUAACAUAAAUAGUGCUAAGGUUCCAUUAUGUCAAUUAUUGUUUCACUUCCAAUGGAGACUGCUAAGGUUCAACAUGUAACCAAAAGAUCUUCGGAUGAGCUUCUGAAGAAGUUUGCAGAAGUGGGUUGUGACGAAGGUGGAAAAAGGAGAAGGAAGAAGAGGAGAGAACAUGAAUUGUGUGACUUUGACAGCCCUUCAACAGGUAGUGCCGCCGUCGUCGAAAGGAGGUCCCUUCUGCUGCCCAAGUUGACACGCAGGUCGGUGCUGCUCCGGCAGCUCAGGGUCAGAAACAACUCAUCACUCUUUCGAAACAUUCAUAAGACAUGGCGUAGAACCAUUGAAGGUGCAUCCAAAGUUUUCUUGGAAAAGCAUUAUCAUCGUCAUAAGCGUUUGAUCAAUGACAGUGUUUAGGCUCUGUUAAAAAAAUGUACAACUUCUCUUUCUGCAUCUGUGCAAACCUUUGUAUAUUUUCCCUUUGUAAUUUCUUCUCCCUGUUUUUCAUUCUUUGAUUUCUAGUUUAUGUUUCCAUUCUCCAUUUUGUUAUAAUAUCUCCUUUGAAAUAGUAAAAAGAAAUAUAAC